AUGCUCCAGAAGCAGAUGCCCGCCUGGGUCUCCCACCACCUGCCAGACUCAUGCCAAGCAGAAGAUGGCAGACCCUCAGCCACCUGCGCCUUGGAGGAGGGGCUGUCUCCAUGCUACCUGCUAACAGUGAGGGUCAUCCGGAUGAAAAAUGUCCGGCAGGCUGACAUGGUGAGCCAGACAGACUGCUAUGUGAGCCUCUGGCUGCCUACCGCCUCUCACGAGAAGAUGAGGACUAGGACCAUCUCCAACUGCCCAAACCCAGAGUGGAACGAAAGCUUCAACUUCCAGAUCCAGAGCCAAGUGAAGAAUGUGCUAGAGCUGAGCGUCUGCGAUGAAGAUGCAGUGACACCAGAUGACCAUCUCUUGACAGUUCUCUAUGACCUCACCAAGCUCUGCUUCAGGAAGAAAACCCAUGUGAAGUUCCCACUCAACCCAGAGGGCAUGGAGGAGCUGGAGGUGGAGUUCCUGUUGGAGGAGAGCCCCUCUCCACCUGAGACCCUCAUCACCAACGGCGUGCUGGUGGCUCGGCAAGUCUCCCGCCUGGAGGUUCAUGCAGAAUCCAGAAGGCAGAGGAAGCGCGGGAGAAGGAAAGACCUCCUGGUCACAGUGACGGAGUCCUUCGAGCACACCCAGCGCAUCCCGCAGUACAUAGAGCCCUGCUGCCCAAGCCCCACCGGCUUCCACUACCCCAAGUAUUUCCAGUCCCAGAUGCAAGCGGACAUGGCCAGAAGACAAUGGAGCUGUGGGCUUUGCUGCUGUGGUGCGCACAAGAAGAAAGGCCCCGUCCACCAGCCCCUGGGCUGCCUCACCGAUGGCCAGGAGGUGACUCUGCCUGUGGGAGAGAACUGUGAAUUGCACAUGAAGUCUACACCCUGCCCCCAGAUGUUGGACGUGCGGCUGGGCUACAGCCUAUGCCCGGAAGAGCUGGAGUUCCUGCAGAAGCGGAAUGUGGUGGUGGCUGAGGCGCUGAAGCAGGUGCUGCAGCUGGAGGAGGACCUGCAGAUGGACGAGGUACCGCUCAUAGCCAUCAUGGCCACUGGGGGUGGAACAAGAUCCAUGACCGCCAUGUAUGGCCACCUGCUGGGGCUGCAGAAGCUGAACCUCCUGAACUGUGCCAGCUACAUCACUGGCCUGUCAGGGGCCACCUGGACCAUGGCUACCUUGUACCGUGACCCUGACUGGUCCUCCAAAAACCUGGAGUCGGCCAUCUUGGAGGCCCGGAGGCACGUGGUCAAGGACAAGAUGCCCGCCCUGUUCCCGGACCAGCUCCGCAAAUUCCGGGAGGAGCUCCGGCAGCGCAGCCAGGAAGGCUACAAGGUCAACUUUACCGACUUCUGGGGCCUGCUGAUCGAGGCCUGCCUGGGGGAUGAGAGAAAUGACAGCAAACUGUCAGAGCAGCGUGCUGCUCUGAGCCAUGGCCAGAACCCCCUGCCCAUCUACCUCACCAUCAAUGUCAAGGACGAUGUAAGCAACCAGGAUUUCAGAGAGUGGUGCGAGUUUUCCCCGUACGAGGUGGGCAUGCAGAAGUACGGGGCCUUCAUCCCCACCGAGCUCUUCGGCUCCGAGUUCUUCAUGGGACGGCUGAUGCGGAGGAUCCCCGAGUCUCGGAUGUGCUACUUGCUAGGUUUGUGGAGCAGCAUCUUCUCCGUGAACUUGCUCGAUGCCUGGAAUUUUGCCCGAUCUUCUGAAGAGUUUUUCCACAGGUGGACAAGGGAGAAAGUGCAAGACAUCGAAGAUGAGCCGCUCCUUCCCGAAAUCCCGAAAUGUGACGCCAACGCCCUGGACACGUCGGUAGUGAUCCCAGGGUCCUGGCUCUCCAACACUUUCCGCCACAUCCUCACCUAUCGGUCCUUUGUGUCUGAGUUCCACAACUUCCUGUUGGGGCUGCAGCUGCACACCGACUACCUCCAGAAUGGCCAGUUCUCCAAGUGGAAAGACACUGUGCUUGACAGCUUCCCAAACCAGCUGACGGAGACCGUGAACCACUUGUGUCUGCUGGACACUGCGUUCUUUGUCAACUCCAGCUACCCACCCCUCCUCAGGCCGGAGAGAAAAGCCGACCUCAUCAUCCACCUCAAUUAUUGUGCCGGGUCCCAGACAAAGCCGAUGAAACAAACCUGUGAGUACUGCACCGUGCAGAACAUCCCCUUCCCCGAAUAUGACAUCCAGGAGGAGGGGAAUAGUAACCUCAAGGAAUGCUACCUGAUGGAGAACUCCCAGGAGCCUGACGCCCCCAUCGUGCUUUUCUUCCCACUCAUCAGUGACACCUUCCAGAAGUACAAGGCCCCGGGUGUGGAGCGAAGCCCCGAGGAGCUGGAGAAGGGCCAGGUUGACAUUUACGGCCCCAAAACUCCCUACGCCACCAAGGAGCUGACAUACACGGAGGCCGCCUUCGACAAGUUGGUGAAUCUCAGCGAGUACAACAUCCUGAAUAACAAAGACCAGCUCCUCCAGGCCUUGCGGAUGGCAGUGGAGAAGAAGAAACUCCUGAAGAGCCAGCGUCCCUCGGUCCCAGGUUGCCGCGCGGACCCUAUGUCUGCUUCCACCAUCCCAGGCGCGGGUCCCAGCAGGGCUGACCGGCCCGCACAGCCAGCUGGGCUCCCUGGCAAGGGCUGCAGGCAGGCUGGCCUGGACCUUCUAUCAAAAAAAUAAAAAUUUGGAAAAGUGGAGAGAGACAGAGGGAGAGAGAAAGAGAGCGAGAGAGACCACAGGAAAAUAACAAGGCAUGUAUUGGGGGUUUAUACCCACUGGAAUUUUUUCAGGGUCCAGUAGCCAGAGGCUCCCACACAUGCCUAGAGUGUGGAGAAUAGAAGCAAUG